AUGAGGCUCAAUCCAUUCCAUAACCGUCGAGGACGCGACGAUGACGAAGAAGAGAAUGUAAUGGUCCACAGAUCCGGCAAAUCACGUAAUAAGUCCAUGCCAGAUCAACGUCAACGAAAACCAAGACGCCGCUACAAUGAUUCUAGCGACGACGACGAAGAAGAACGCUACAGCCAAAGAGAUGUUCCAAGACGAAAAGACAGCACGUCCUUUGCCGACAGCUCUUCUCGUGGUCGUCCACGAGGGCGAUCACCAUCCGUAAGUCAACAACAGCAGCGAAUGCGGUCCAUGACACCCGGUGCUCGCAAGCGCUUGAGCAGUCAACGAGGCUCUCCCGAAGCAUCCAACUCUCCAGAAGUAGAUAUUGGGAGACAGGACAGCACCAACCUCCAGACUCCGCCUCCCCGGCGUCCUCGUGCUCAAACACCUGAUGCUCGCCGUCGUGCGGCAUCGUCUUCUCCCGACAGUAUUACACGGAAUCAGCGAGGAGCUCGCCGCAAUGGUGGUGGCGGUGCUGCCAGCAAGGCGUCCUCUUCCAGACGCUCCAAAACUACCGCCACGUCCUACUCCAUGACCUUUUCCGAUUCGUCGGAUGAUGAGGGACAAUCUCGAAGACGCCGCGCUCCUCGACGUCCUUCUGCUGCUGCGAGUCGUAGCAGUGGCAGUCGACGCGGACGAUCCCAGAGCCGUGGGAGGGUGGUCCCAGGAAGUAGUCUUCGACGCAGUCGAAGCCGUGAUCCCACCAUGUCUUCUCCCGAAGAAGAGUCUCGUCGUCCCAAUAAUAAUAAACGGUCUGUCGACUCUCGCAAAGCUAGGAGUCUCAGUCGUCCUCGGCAGGGCCGUGGUGGACAUCGAGCGCCGUCCCCUCCUCCACGAAAGCCACAAUCCUCCAAAAAAGGAGCUAACAAGACUGCUCGGCAUUCCUGGGGCGGAUUUCUUCUCCGUCGCAACAACAACAACAACAACAACAAUAACAAAAAGACCAACAAGGCUCCAUUACCAAAGAGGCACGUGUAUGCAAGAGAUGACGAACUGGUGGAUGUCCGUGAACCCAGCGAUGAAGAGGAAUUUGAUCGUCGUCCCAUGGGCAAGCCACAACACCAUCACAGAGAACAACCAAGGGAGAUUCCUUCGUUCCUACGUCCUCCCUCUCCUCCCGAACCGGUGCUCCACGAUGAGCAUUUUGUCGACCCAAAACGACGGGUACCUUUUGCUAAUCUAUACGAAUUCGAUAACUUCCCGGCCAUUGAUCGCGUCCCAACGGCGAUAGGAUAUCAAUCGGAUGAUUCUAUCGACGAGUUUCACAACACUCGUCGUACCCAACGUCGUAGGCCGCGCCGAAAAGAAGAGGUUGUGGAAGACGACAAUGGCAGAGGUGGAGAUGAUGAUAUCCAAAUUGCCGAUGACAAUGGGUCCUUCACAUCAAGAUAUUCCAUCGAUGUCAAGUCAAUCCGUGGCGCUAAACUCAAAAAGAACAAGAACCACAAGAGCAACAGUAUGCACAGUGCCCGAUAUCGAAAUGGCGCCCGUGAAGACGACGACGAUAACUUUUCUCACGAUGAACAUGACGACAAGUACGCUCAGUACUUGGCUGGUGUCAACGGCAAUGCUGUCCUCAGCGAUUCGUCGGAAUCAUGUCCUCCCACCUGGCAUCCGACCCUGGAUGUGGAAGAUUCCGAUUGGUACGAUGAAGAUGAAGUCACAAAGGAGACGAUGAACAAACAGCGCAACAGUAACAAGAAAUAUCAAGUGAGUGGUGUCAUGAGUGUCAGUGAACAGCUACAAAAACAAGCCCAGCAGAACAAGGGGCGAGACAAUGGCAAGAAGAAGAAAGGUGGUGAAGAAGACAACAAAAAGGGCGGUAAACGUGGUGAUGAUAGCAAGGAAGAUCAGACCGAAGCGCAGGAAGAAGAAGAAGAAAACAAGGGAGAUGCGAUUGUGGCAAAUCGUUCGGAAGGAAGCGAUCUGUUAGCCCCCAAGAGCAGUCGUGCCAUUGUUGCGAAUGGAUUGUCUGAUCCACGCUCUGGAAUGAGAAUGGCAGAUGAAGAAGCUGACUCGGAUGACGAAGAUGAAAUGACGGGUGUCCCUCGAAGAUCGCGCCGUCGCAACCAGCAAAGGUUUGGCGGCAAGAAUCGACAGAAGGACUACGACGAAGAGGAUGAGGAAGACCUGGACGAUGAGAGUAUGUCGGAGGAUUCAUACUAUGAAACGACGCGCUCAAAUCGCAAGCCAAAUCGCCUAAGCAAGCUCAGCAAGGUGCGAGGAAAACUUCCGUCGAUGAAACCAGCCCUGACGAAGAUGAUGCAUAGUCCCAAGGGCAAGGCUCUGAAAGAGAAGAUCAAGAACCUUCGACGCGGAAGUCGCGGCCCUCCCGCCGAUUAUGAAUCCAGCUCUGAUGAAUCGUCGGAAAUGAGUGGUGGUAGUGCACGUAUGGCUAACACUCAGUCUAUGUUUUCGGAGGUGUCUCGGUCUCGUCGAGUCGAUCCAUCCCUCGCACAGCUAGAAGAGGACGAAAUCAAAGAAAGCACUGCCACGCACAACAUGCUCCGAAUCGAUCGGAAAGAAGUGGCCGAGCUGGACGAGAUGGACGAAGUCUCAAUACAACCAGGUUCCAACAUGAUAUCGUGCGGUGUUUUCCCAUUUCUUUCCGGGACGUCCUGUUUCUACAAUCAAACGGAUGCGCGCGUGGAAGAAAUUCCACUGGAUAGUGUUCAGAUCCAGCGCCUUCGAGAUUCCAAGCAUGAUCUGGAGAACAAACCAAAGGUUGAAGUCAUUCUCCAAGAUCUGCAAGAUCCAAUGGCCGAAAAGUAUGACCAGCUCGAAAAGAUGCAACGCAAGCAACAGCGAGAAGUACAGCAGAAGAAAGAAGCCCAGAAGGAAGCCGAAAAGCGAGAACGCGAAGAAAUUCUCCGAAGGAAGAUGGAAAUGAGGGAAACGGAACAGAGAAAGCUGCAUCAUGUCCACAAUAAGGAUUUGACAAUGCAAAAGGCUCCUGAUCUGAACCGUGGAAAAAGCCAGAGCUUUGUGAUGGACAUUUCGGACUGGGUGCUCAAUUUGGACAACAACGACGGUGCAGGAGGCGCACCCCGAAAACUGUCGAUGUCAUCCAAAGACAAAGAUACACCAAGAACAAAUGGGAAAGAAGGUAGUUCAUCUCCGAUCGAGAAGCUUCCUUUCAGCACGAUCGAAGUCCCCACGGCUACCAUGGACAGCGCCGAGAGCGACGACAAGAUGCCUCCUAGCAAGGCUGGUAAACACCAGGGUUGGAGGCAGAAAAAGAAACGAGCAGUCAGCAAGACCCGUCAAGGGACCCCGGCUGCACCGCUUGCCAGCAGCACUGGUAAAUCAGGCCAAAAGAAGACCGGGACAAAGAAGAAAGGUUGGUUCCGAAGAGGCUAG